GAAAUGGUGCCGGCAUGCUUCAUCAAGAGAGAUUGACCGUAAUCUCAGGUUAGGGCUUGAUUCUCCGACACCCUCAUUCUCCAAGCUCCCUCCCACAAUCGGAUUGAGAUUGUUCAUCCAUCGCUCUUUUAGGUAACCCCUCUCCUUGCUGUAACCAUAAACUUCCGCUCACUGUUUCUUCGCGGAUUCGGAUCUGAAAAGCACACUACAUUGGCAGUAUAUCAACUCAACAAUCAAGCAGCGAUGUUCCAUCUGACCGAUCAUUGCUUUUCUAGCUGUAUAACGUUUGCCUGUUGCGAUCAGUGAUUUGGAAUUAGAGCAUUGUGUUCUUGACAGAAAAGAUUAGAUUGGGUAGUUGAUUUGUUUGGGAAAUGCCAGAGUCUAGAAUUUUGAAGCAGUAGAGGGGUUGAAGUGAAUUAGAUUGGUUGGUAUGGGGUGUUAGACUUUUUUUUGGGGUGGAGAUGGUUGAAAUAGCAGAGUCUUCUGAUUCCGGAACUGGAUUGUUUAGCACUAGAUUGGUAGAAAGGGGAUCUUUACGCGAAGAGGACAGCUUUCAAAGGCAAGUGACUAACUUUCGGGGUGGUGGAUUGAGGAAUACAAGCCCGCUAGGACGGGUUGGUUCGAGAAACACCAGUCCUUCUAAACAGAAAGUCAUUAAGACUAAGCCUCGUGGAUUGGAUGAGGAGACUUUGGCCACUUUUGGUAAGCCGAUUCAGCCGGAUAUUCAUAUGGAAGAUAAUAUUUGGGCAAUGCUUCCGGAGGAUUUGUUGAAUGAAAUCCUUGCUAGAGUUCCCCCAUUCAUGAUCUUUCGGCUCCGGUCGGUUUGCAAGAGGUGGAACUCCAUUUUGCAAGACAAUAGCUUUUUGAAGUUCCAUUCUCAAGUGCCACCUCACGGGCCUUGUCUCCUUACAUUUUGGAAGAAUUCACAGACCCAUCAGUGUUCUGUCUUUAGCUUGCCUCUGAAACAAUGGUUCCGAAUACCAUUUACAUUUUUACCACAAUGGGCGUUCUGGCUGGUUGGUUCUUCUGGCGGUCUGGUUUGUUUCUCUGGAUUAGAUGGAUUGAUGUUCAAAAUGUUAGUUUGCAAUCCCCUAACUCAGACUUGGAGGAUGUUGCCGAGUAUGCAUUACAACCAACAAAGGCAACUGAUCAUGGUCAGUGAUAAGAAGGAAAGGUCAUUUAAAGUUAUAGCCACUAGUGAUAUAUAUGGUGACAGGUCUUUGCCUACUGAAGUAUAUGACUCAGUUCUUGACAAGUGGUCAAUUCACCAGACAAUGCCUGCUGCGAAUAUUUGCUCCUCUAAAAUGGCAUAUUGUGAUUCGAGACUGUAUAUGGAAACUCUCUCUCCACUUGGUUUGAUGAUGUAUAGGCUGGAUACUGAACGGUGGGAACACAUACCAGCAAGGUUCCCACGUUCUUUAUUGGACGGUUAUCUCGUUGCUGGGACCCAUAAACGUCUGUUCCUGGUUGGAAGAAUAGGUCUUUACAGCACCCUUCAAAGUAUGAGGAUUUGGGAGUUGGACCAUGGAAAAUUUAUUUGGGCAGAGAUAAGUAGGAUGCCACCGAGGUACUUUCGAGCUCUUUUGAGAUUGUCAGCAGAAAGGUUUGAAUGCUUUGGACAGGAUAAUUUGAUCUGCUUCACAUCUUGGAACCAAGGAAAAGGCCUUCUUUAUGAUGUUGAUAAGAAAUCAUGGUCUUGGAUUGCCGGGUGUGCUUUGAAGUCAUACAAUAGCCAAGUUUGCUUCUAUGAACCAAGAUUUGAUGCAUCAAUAUAUUAAUCCAACAGCCAGUUUACAUAUCCACAUUCAAUUGGGAGAACAUAGACCAGUAGCUUCUUGCCAUUUCUCCCAAGUGCAUUUCAUGAAAAUGUCAACUUCAACCAGCCAGUUUAAGUCCAAGUUGCUCUCUUACAUCAAACCCAAGGGAACUCUUCUUCCAUGGAGCCUAAAGAUUAGUUCAAUUUGAUGGUUUUCUAUUUUUAGGUUUGGGGUACUUCAUUCUUUCCUGCUUUAUUCUUGGAAUACCCAGUUGGGCAUGAGGGCGAUCAGCCGAUCACAUGUGUAGCAUAAUUAUCUCUACAACUUAUCCAAGAGGAAGUGAGAGAUGAAUGAGGGAGAUCUUCUGGGAGG